AUGACAGAGGAGAGUACGUCUGAAAUUUUAGAUUUCGGUGGCUCUAACUCUUCAAUUUCUAAAACUGCAACUUCAUCCCAUUUAUCUCAUGAUUACUCAAGACAUGAGCCUAGUCUCCGAAAUGAUAAUAAACGAAAAAAGCCAAAUAUAGCUCUGGUUAAUAAAUCACACUUGUCAGCUCAAAAGGAAAAGGUUAAAUUACUAGCACAUCGAGUUAUAGACUUAAUUUUACAGGGAUCAAAGCUUGAAUAUAGCUUCGAUGUAUAUUACAGAAGUGUGGAAUCCUUGUGCAGAUUUAAGCAUAUCGAGCAGUCGAUAUUGGCGGACCAUUUGAAAUCAAAAUUGGAAGACCAUUUUCAUUACCAUAUAAUACCUGACAUUACAAGUAUUCUAGAGGAUAAUCUGCUGUCAUUAAAUGAAUCUAUAACGAGAUAUUUGGAAGUAUAUGAAAAAUGGAGACAUAAGCUUCGGUUAUUAAGUAAAUUGUUUCUUUAUUUGGAUCGGUGUUAUUUAAUGCAACACCCUUCGAAAAAGAUGAUCUUAGAAUUUGGGAUGACGUUGUUUGUUGAAGAGCUCUUGAUUGAUAAAGACGAAGGCACUAAUAGAUUAGCCGAAAUCACUCUUCGCAAGCAUAUACAAUUACUUAAAAAGGUAGGAGAGUUUGAAGAUAUCAGAGAUUUAGAAGUUGCUAAACAAUUAUCAACAAUGUUGGUAAAAUUGAACUUUAGUCACCAAAUCAAGCUACAUACUGAUCUUAUCAAUCUGAUAAUAUCGCAUUAUAAUUCAUUAAAAGACUCGUGGAUUGAAAAGCCUGAAACAUACAUACAUACAGUUUUAACAAAGAUAUCUAGAGAAAUGACUUUUUUUAAAGAUUGUGGUUAUGAGAGAGAGUUCUUGAUAGAGUUUUUACUGAAACUCAAAUGGAUCUUAAUAUUUCAAGAUUUUAAUACAAUAAUUAAGAGCUGCAUGCCUUUUAUGGUACAAGAUAAAAAUUUGAAACAGUUUGGAAUAAUAUAUGAUUAUUGUGGAAAAUCAUUAGAAGAAUAUCAAUUAGAUGCAAUGCCGAUUUUUGUUUAUGAGUGGGGUCAAUAUAUAAUACAGUCGAUUAAGGAGUUAAUCGAAAAUAAUAAAUCAAGCCUGAAAAAUAUAAUUCCAUUAUUAGUAGAAUUAAAUUUGAGAUAUAAGAGCAUUGCUGGUGAUAAAUUCAACAAGAAUGAACUAUUUGAAUUUGAAGUUAGAAAGUCCUUCACAAAGACCUUUAAUGAGAAGAAGAUUAAUACUUUUAUAAUAUUCCAGUUAUGUAAGUAUUGUGAUUCAUUCUUUAAAAGCAUCAAUAAAAAAUCAAACAAAGAUGAAAUCGUCAACUUAUCAUUUAAUGAAUUUCAACACAACGUAUUGAUCAUUUUUAAGGCCCUAAAUAAUAAAAAUGAUUUUAUUUCUCAUUAUAAGAAGGAAUUAUCCAAGAGAUUACUUUUAGGAAAGUCUCCAAAUUAUAACCUAGAAAGAAAGUUAGUAGAAUCUUUCUUAAAGCUUAUUGGUGAAGGGGACGAAACCGUAGGGUUGCAAAUAAUGUUUAAAGAUCUAGAGUUGUCCAGAGAAAAAUAUUCUCUGGUAGCUUUAGAUGAAAGUCCUGUUGACUUUACUGCAUUAGUCUUGGAACAGAAACACUGGCCUGAAAUGCCCAAAUUGGACUCGAAUAUUAUUUUACUGCCACAGCUUACAACCAUUCUAGAUAAUUUCACAGCAUUGUAUCAUAAUUCGGACGAGAAAUUAAAAAAUCGUACUCUUGAUUGGAGUCAUUACCCUUUGCAUCAGUUAACCAUUAAAGCUGAAUUUGAGAAUGGCGAAAAGGAAUUGGAUGUUAAUUUACUUCAGGCAAUUGUCAUUUUAUUAUUCAACAAUAGUGACAGUUAUACUUAUGACGAGAUAUUAGCGCUUACGAAUAUUAGCGAUAAGUUGUUGAAAAAGGUACUCGGAUCGUUAUCAUCUGAUAAAUACAAAAUUUUACUGAGACACAACACAACGUAUUCCUUCAAUUCAAAAUUUACUGAUAAAGCAACAAAAAUAAGAAUUCCGCUUUCAAAGGAUAGAGAAACAUCAGCCGGGCUAUUUGAUAGUGAGCCUACAAAAACAUUUGAAAGAAAUAGAAAUGUUGAAUUCAGGAGUGCUUUAGUUAGGGUCAUGAAGAGUGCCAAAAAAAUCUCAUAUCUUGAUUUAUUAAACCAAACUCUAUCAUUAGUGGAAAAAAAUGGGCCAUGUUCCAUAGCAGACCUAAAGUCAAAUCUUGAGUACUUAAUAGAAAAUGAAUAUGUCAAAAGAGAGUUUGACGGUCAAACUCUUUCUUAUAUACCUUGA